AUGGCAGCUAAUACUUUGGCAGCAAACAACAUUUUCAGGACACAAAACAAAUCUGUUGGUGUCGGGCCAUGUUCUGUUUUCUUACCAUCAGCAUGUAAGGCUAUAGGAAGGGCGGUGCCGCCGUCUAGAGUGUCGGUUGUGAGAGCUCAAGCCACCGGCGAUAACCAAGAUACUUCAGUUGAUGUACAGCGUCAUUCCAGCAGUAACAAACAGGGCACCGCCGUCGAACGCCGUCCCCGGAGAUUGGCCAUGGACAUCUCUCCUUUUGGGCUGCUAGAUCCUGUAUCUCCAAUGAGGACAAUGCGACAAAUGCUGGAUACAAUGGACAGACUAUUCGACGAUGCCCUGUCGAUAAACGGGGAAAUACGAACCCCAUGGGACAUCAAAGAAGACGAACAUGAGAUCAAGAUGCGAUUCGACAUGCCAGGGAUAUCGAAAGAAGAUCUCAAAGUCUCAGUAGAGGAUGAUAUACUUGUUAUCAGAGGUGAACACAAGAAGGAAGAAAAAGAUGACGACUGGUCGAGGAGGAACUACAGCUCGUACGAUACUCGACUAGAGCUUCCUGAUAACUGUGUCAAGGAUCAAGUGAAGGCAGAAUUGAAGAAUGGAGUUCUUUAUGUAUAUAUUCCUAAGGCUAAAGCAGAGAGGAAAGUGAUCGAUGUAGAAAUCAAGUGA